AUGAUCCAAGACGUGCGCCUGCAAAUUCGCGAGUUUGCUGCGCCAGCUGCGCAAAAACUAGGCAUCGGCAAAAUAUCUGACUUUGCCGAUGUUCAUCUUGCUUUCCUUCUAAGCGGUGUGCUCUUUCCUGUGUCAUAUGGGAAUGCAGGAAAGAGAGCGAGGAACAACUGGGACAUACGCGUGGCAUCACUCGUCCAUGCUAUCUUGAUCAUAUUCCUCGCCGGGCGCUGUCUCAAUCUUCCGAGCCUUGACCGAAAUCGUGCCUUUGGUUGGCAUGAAGAUGCAGGGUUUGUAACAGCUAUCGCAACGGGUUACUUCAUCUGGGACACUUUGGAAUCCAUCAUCCAUUUCAGUGAUAUUGGAUUCGUUUUACAUGGCAUUUCGUGCCUUCUGAUAUAUGGCCUUUCAUUUACGCCCUUUGUUCCUUACUAUGCAGUACGCUUCUUGUUCUGGGAGCUGAGCACUGUAUUCUUGAACAUCCAUUGGUUCUUGGACAAGACCGGAAAAACAGGCAGUGCCCUUCAGCUCGUCAACGGCAUUGUUCUCAUUACGACCUUCUUUUGUGUACGCUGCAUCUGGGGCGCAAUGAUGUCGUAUGACUUUUUUGUGACUUUGAAUAGCGUGCACGAUCAAGUUUUGACACCAUACCUCGUCAUUUAUGGAGCUGGCAAUGUCUUGCUCCAAGGGCUCAAUUGGUUCUGGUUCACCAAGAUGAUAGCUGCGCUUGCGAAAAGGUUUCAAGGAAAACCCAAUGGUCACAAGGUCGUCAACGGAAAGACCAAGAUAUAA